AUGAAGGUAACUCAGAUCAUCCCCAAGGCGGAAUACACAGGCUUGGAAUCGGACAUCGCCCUGAUAAAACUCAAGGAUUCAGCUAAUCUAACGGAACGGGUUCAGUUGAUCUGUCUACCUUCCAAUGAGAACCUGUCUGAUGAAAUUUUAGAUGGUGCUCAAGAUAAAUAUGGCCGUCCUGACCGAGGAUGGGUGGCAGGUUGGGGAAGAGACGCCUCAGACGAAGCAACGGAUGUCUUGACAGAGGUGCAACUGGAAGUCAUACCAAAGCCUGAAUGCCGAAUGGAAAUCAACAUAAGGGCAGACAAGCACCCUACUUCCAUCACCACGAAAACAUUUUGUGCAGGAAAACGCUACAAUGCUUCCUUGUUCUUGCAUGAGAAUUCGAAAGAACACAAGUCAGUGUUCCCUGGGGAUUCGGGGAGUCCCAUGGUCUUCGCCUCCCAUAGCCUUCUCAAAAGUCAAUGGGUGGUCGAAGGAAUCGUCAAUCAUAUCUAUACAAAGUCGGGACGGGAUUGCUCCAAUUAUGAACCUGGCGAGUAUGGAGUAUUCUCUCGAGUUAAUAAGUUUGUUGACUGGAUCGAGGAGAGCAUGUGGAUGAACUCAUAAACAAAGGAGUGAAUGCCCAUACCCUCCCAAUCAGGGCGCCUAUUGCCCUUUUCAGGU